GAUGAUAAUAAUUUAGCUAUUCUGUAAUUAGUUAAUAGGUUAACAGAAUGGUAGGGCAUUUGCAUUUGCUUUAGCAUCUGCCACCACAAUUCAACCGAUCCAACUGUCUUAGCCUACCUAUUAUAUAACGUUAACUAGCUAAUAUAUUACAUUAUUAUGGUGACGAACACGCCAACGAGUUAGCUAGCUAGCUAAUUUUGUUGAUAUGUAAAAUAGCUCCAUGUGUAAUCUUAUAAAUCAAUAAACUUUACUUCAAAUAUCGACCAUCUGUAACGUUGUAUGUCAGGAGUCUUUGUCCACAUAAUGUACAGCUGGGAAAGACGCGCAGCUGAGAAACUCACCAAUGCUGAACACAUUUGUGCGGUGAGGAAGAGGAGAGACCUUAAAUAUGAGGACCACCUACGCAGACAGGAACAGGAAAGGACAGACGCAGAGGUGAGGAGGGAAGUACACAGAGUACGGACGCCUUCACCAACACCUCAGACAAAUAGGUUCAAAGCCCGCAGGUAUGAAAGACCAUGGGCACAGGGAGCGCCAGGCACCAAGAAGUCCUCCAGCUCUGUGAAAUCCACCAGAUCAGAGAUGAGAAACUCACAGAACAAAGGCUCAGAGUCCCGCUUUCCUGCCAUCUCCAGCGGAACCCAGAGCAGUGUAACCCAAAGUAGAACAGCAGAAUUGGCAACCACAUCAAAGACAUGGAGAAGAGCAAUUGCCCCACUGGCAUCCCACUGUAAGGAACAAUCUCCACCAUGUCACAAACACAGAUCUGUGGCUAUAAAAAACAGAGCCUGUAAGUUAUCCACAUGUGCAACUAAGUCAAACACUCUGAAACUAACACAAAGUCAAGACACACUGAGGGUGAAGAAACAGAUAGGAGCACCAUCAUGUGACCGAGCAGAUAGUUCAAACAUCUCUACAAGACAUGAUCUGGUCAAGAGGCCAUUAGACAGCUGCUCCCUCCCACAGCCCCUGACCUUUUCUAGAAGAUCCUACACAGAUUGGCCCGGUCUUCCCUCACUGCAGUACCACCGCUCCCCCAGCCCAGAAGACCCAGAGUCCCAUCACUAUGUCCAGCUGAUCUCGGAUCCCUUCCAGGGCUUCUCAGAGAGCAGUAGUAUCACAGAGGAGUACGUACGCAGUGAGGACACCUACAGGGCUGAGCUCUGCUCCAGGAGUUUAGCUGACACCAGUCCUUUGUCCGUACCGGAGUCCCUCCCCUCGCAAUGCCCCUCCAGCAGUGGCACCCUGGAAAGCAGCUCUCUCAGCCUCAGUGACUCCUUCACCGGCCCCCUCAGCAGCCACUUCCGCACGCUGGGUGUUCUGUCCUCCGAGUCUGAGUCAGACGGGGAAGACGACAGCCAUUCAUGUCAGGAUGCUGAUAGAGAGAGCUACCAAAUCCCUGUGAGGUGGACUGCCUCUCAGUCUCCCAGUGUCCGUACCGUCCGGAGUCCCAGGGGCCUGCAGUCCCAGCUGAGUUUGGAGUCAACAAGCACCCCUGAAGAAUCACCAAACAGUAGAGCUUCAUACACUGGAGAAGGAUAUAGUCCCAUGCCUUCACUAAUGCAAGUAGGUCGACUGUCGAUAUCACCGCUGUCCAUAACACCCUCUGUCACACAGAGAGCCAGCAGGGCUCUCACUAUCCCGCAGCAGCUGUAUGAACACCUCCCUGAGCUGGAUCAUCUCAGCCCCCUUAGCCCCAGGAGAGCUAACCCCAUCUGGCUGGGGUCAGAGAGAUGGCCGGUGCUGGAGGCCUCACCACCCAGGACCAGCUACACCCUGAGGCACUCCCAGCUGGUCAGCAGGAUCCAGCAGGAGGAACCAGAGGAGGUCAGAGGAGAGGCCAAUAGUAGUACAGAGGACACUCCGUCCUCCAGUGAAGCCUCACGCCAUGGGACCUCUGGGCUGAUGGAUCACCUGACCAUGGCCCUGAUGGCCCUCCGUGACAUCCGCAGGGAGGUGGCUCACAUUCAGAUGAGCAACGCACAGCAGGGUAGCGGUGCUAUGGCAGCUCAGGAGGCCCAAUCAGCAACGGCUACCAACCCAGAGACGUUACGCAAAAUCAAAGAACGUCUGUUGGAAGAGUCGUCUGAUGAGGAGGAAGGGGACCAGUGUCGUAUCUGUCAGUGUGGUGCUGGCUCCCUGACCAACCCCCUGCUCACCCCCUGUCUCUGCUCCGGCAGCCUGCAGUACAUCCACCACGACUGCCUGAAGAGGUGGAUCCAGACUAAAAUACAGUCAGGGACCACACUGUCUGCAGUCAAAACCUGUGAGUUGUGUAAGGGGAGCCUAACACUGGAUCUGGACGACUUUGACAUGGAGGAGUUUUACCAAAGGCAUGGCCAGACACAGGUGGAGCAGACCAGUCCAGAGCUGUACAUGUUGCUGAUCCUUCGGCAGAGGUUCUCAGAGCUGCUGCAGGUGGCCCAGUCACGUAGCAACACCGUCUCUAGGGUUUGAUGGGUUUCUCUUCUUCCACGCACACUGAGGGUGAGAGCCAGCAGAGGGAGCCAGAGAGGCAAUCACACGCCAGGGACACCUGACCCACCCACCUGACACCUUCACCCUUCUUACUUCCUGUUUUUAAAUCCUGGGUGAAGUGACGUUUAUGAUGAAUUUAUUCUAACUUAUUUCAUGAAAUGAUUUUAACACACGAUGCAGUGCAUCUUAUUCAAUGGUACCAUCUGGACAGAGGAGAAAUAACUUGACAGAGGUGGUGGGUAUAAUAAAUACAUUUAUUCUUAUCUAUUUAAGUUAAAUGAAUUACUUAUUACACUAUUUAUUACAUUUCUAUUAUUAGGAUUUUAACAUCAGCUUUGCUUUUAUAUUGCACACUAUGACAUUUAACAGAUAUGACUGACUUGAUAGAUGGAAGAAGGCUCUUUAAUGGUGCUAAUUGUUGGAACAGUAAACAGAAAUAAACAUCCAGAAAAUAGAAGUUAAAUUCUUAAGGAAAUCAACUAGAAAGUCAAACUCAGGGAGCUAGUUUUUAUAUCAGAUGUUUGGUGCGAACCUUUCAAUCUUUUUACAUACAGACACUGUAGUUUUACUGUACUGUCUUACUGUACAGUACUGUACUGUCUAUGUCUCAAUGGCUUUAUUUCUUUCAUAACUUCCUGUAACCUGUAGCUGAAGAAACUUAGUUCAUUGUCAAGUUUCAGACCAACUUAAAACAAAUUCGCGUAAAUAAAAUCUUUCAA